AUGUUGGCUUGUGAGUCUCAUAUUCCCCUCAGACGACCAGCCACGACCCAAACUUCCAGCCACGACCCACACUUCCAGCCACGACCCACACUUCCAGCCACGACCCAAACUUCCAGCCACGACCCAAACUUCCAGCCACGACCCAAACUGCCAGCCACGACCCAAACUUCCAGCCACGACCCAAACUUCCAGCCACGACCCAAACUUCCAGCCACGACCCAAACUUCCAGCCACGACCCAAACUUCCAGCCACGACCCAAACUUCCAGCCACGACCCAAACUUCCAGCCACGACCCAAACUUCCAGCCACGACCCAAACUUCCAGCCACGACCCAAACUUCCAGCCACGACCCAAACUGCCAGCCACGACCCAAACUUCCAGCCACGACCCAAACUUCCAGCCACGACCCAAACUUCCAGCCACGACCCAAACUUCCAGCCACGACCCAAACUUCCAGCCACGACCCAAACUUCCAGCCACGACCCAAACUUCCAGCCACGACCCAAACUUCCAGCCACGACCCAAACUUCCAGCCACGACCCAAACUUCCAGCCACGACCCAAACUUCCAGCCACGACCCAAACUUCCAGCCACGACCCAAACUUCCAGCCACGACCCACACUUCCAGCCACGACCCACACUUCCAGCCACGACCCAAACUUCCAGCCACGACCCACACUUCCAGCCACGACCCAAACUUCCAGCCACGACCCAAACUUCCAGCCACGACCCACACUUCCAGCCACGACCCAAACUUCCAGUCACGACCCAAACUUCCAGCCACGACCCAAACUGCCAGCCACGACCCAAACUUCCAGCCACGACCCAAACUUUCAGCCACGACCCAGCACUGCGUCACAUUAACGUAUCCUGGUCAGCAAAUUAGACAAAGAUUUUCAACGACCUCUGGAAACAAAGAGCUCUAA